GUUUGUCUGCUAAUUUAGCUUUCUCAUAAGGGUCAGCGACACAUCCUGCGGCUCCGUUCAGAGUGCAGAGAGAGGGCAGGACGCUUCGCUGUUUACUUGGUACCAGGUGAGAAGGAUCAGGCAGAGAUGGCUGCAACUACUGCUCAGCCUCUGGGCAGCCUGCCCAGCGGACUGGGGAUAUGCACCACAGCCCCGGAUAUAUUGUACCUGCCCGAACUGGUGUUUGGUGGCUUGGUGUGGAUCCUGGUGGCGUCGACACACGUGGACCCGCCGAACCCUCUGGGCUGGGUGAUGUUUGUCUCGGUCUUCUGCUUCGUCAUGACCUUCCUCUGGAUCAUCGUCUUCGCUGCUGGAGGUCACAAGAACCACUCUGGCUGGGCUGCUGCUGACUUUGCUUACCACGGCCUGGCAGCCUUCUUCUACCUCAGUGCGGGGGUCGAUUUGGCUUUCAUCACCUUCCUGAUGAAACCACUCAAUUCAAGAAUCUACCAUAUUGACAUCGCUGCUGUGGUGUUUGCCUUUGUAGCCACACUGCUCUACUUCAUCCACACCAUCCUCUCCUCCAUCCGAUGGAAAACCUUCUGAAGAGCCAAUCACAGACGUGUGUGUCCAAGACUUUGCAUCCUGUGUGUGUACGUGUGUGUGUGUGUGUGUGUGUGUGUGUGUGUGUGUGUGUGUGUGUGUGUGUGUGUUGAAUUACCAACAAGUGACUUCCACUUGCUCAGAUUCAAAAUGAAGCUUCAUUUUAAGACAUUACAUAUUGUUUAGUGAAGAAUAAAGAAUGAAAGCAUGCAGGACAAAGUGAGUAAAGACAGAACCAUAGAAGUUUUAUAUGUUGUCAUGGAAACACAAUCAAAUGAAAUUAAUAAUUUAAAGUCUAAAUUAUGAAAAGCAUUUUAAGCCAGUGAUAAUUCUUUAGAUAACAGAAUGUGUCAUAUGUUUUUAGUCUUUUUAGAGGACCAUGAAAUAUGAUGUAAUUGUUAUUAUUGCAGGCUGAGUGCGUUGAGGUGCCGGCUGUGGAUCUGUGUCUUGUUUUGUUACUUUUAUUACAUAUUCUUCAAUCCUAACAGCCAUCAGAGCAUCUCUCUUCUCUCUCUGGGUCAUGACGUUUGUUUCUCUGCUGUAACUAUAACCAGAACUACUGCCACACGUCUUUUCUCUGUCACAUAGAACUAAUGCCAACCACUCGUCGGGACUUAAAGGACGGUGACGUGUAUUCUUCUUCAAGAUUAAACAAGAUGUGAAUGAUCUGCUCCUCUCUGGAACACAUUCCUGCCACACUGAUACACUUUCAGUUAUUUAAAUGUGGUAAUACAACACUAUCAAAUGCUCAU